UCACAAUCACUGCCAACCCCCCCAUCUCAUCCACUGCCAAGUGCCAACCCACAAGCUAAAUCAAUCCUUCUCAUUCUCACUUCCACAACCAAGCUAGUUCUCUUCAAAAUAGUAGUAGACUAGAGCACUUGAAAGAGUUCAAAGUGUCUUGAGUGAGAAAGGGUAAAAAAUGGUGUUUAUUUGAAAGGUUUAGCCAGCAUUUGGGAUUUGGCAGCACAAACUCUCUUGGAAGCUUGCAAAAUAGUGUACUGUACUUCAUUUUGCUCCAAUUCAUGGGUCUUACUUCUCUUCAAGUCUGCAUGGAUUCAUCUGACUGGUUACAGGGCACAAUUCACGAGGAGACAGGAAUGGAUUCUUCUUCACCAUCUGGGGACAUGCUCACAUGCUCGAGACCAUUGAUAGAAAGGAGACUGAGGCCCCAACAUGAUCAAGCUCUCAACUGCCCAAGGUGUGAUUCAACACACACCAAAUUCUGUUACUACAACAACUAUAGCCUCUCUCAGCCAAGGUACUUCUGCAAGACCUGCAGAAGGUACUGGACUAAAGGAGGAACACUACGGAACAUUCCGGUUGGUGGUGGUUGCAGAAAGAACAAAAAGGUUUCUUCCAAGAAAUCUAAUGAUCAGCAUCUUCAUCAGCAAUCAGGUUCCAACCCACAAAACUUUGGAUCAUCAUCGUCAUCAUCAGCAACAUCACCAACCAUGAAUCCAACUGAUCUUCACCUUGCUUUCCCUGAUCAAAUGCAAUUCCAACACCUAAGUAAUAUUUUGGGGAAUGCUAAUGGUUUCAUGGAGAAUAAGUACAAUCUCAUGCUUGAAAACCCUACACCAAUUGACUUCAUGGAGAACAAAUAUGAAGCUUUGGUUGGUAAUUCUUCAAGAAACUAUGAUUUUAUGGGAAAUGGGGAUAUGGGUAUUUUAGGUUGUGAAAUGAGUAGUCCAGCAGGGAUGAUUUCAGCUCCAAAUUUUCACAACUUUUGUACCGCUCCAUUUGGGAAUAUGUCCAUUGAUGGGAACACUCCGGGAACCCUGAUGCUUCCCUAUGAGGCUCAUGAGGAUCAAAAUGCCAUGGAUGUGAAGCCAAAUGCUAAGCUUUUAUCUCUGGAAUGGCAUGAUCAGCCGGGCUGUUCUGAUCAUGCUGGAAAGGACUCUUUUGGUUACUAUAAUGGAGUGGGAUCAUCAUGGCCUGGUUUGAUGAAUGGUUACGGAACUCCUACAACAAACCCUUUAGUCUAAACUAAGUUUAAAUGAAAACUACAACUUUAAUUACUUUGUAUUCAGUGUCUUAAUUAGGAUUUAAUGCUGCAUCAAGCUUGAGUAUUAUUAUUAAUUAGUUUACAAUUAUUUAACUUGUACUACUAUGUAGGUUCUUUAUCUUUUGCUUUUUCCCUUUAAUCUACUAUCCCCGUUAAGAGUGAUGACAAGCAGAGUGUGAAAGAUGAUUGUGAGAGUCUAAAUAUGACUGUAUUAUAGUGCAUUUAAUUCAUAUAUGUAACUUCUUUCUGCUUGUCCUAUUUGGCAA